AUGCCUCUGUCCACGCAGUCUCAGGGUGACGAUGACCAGUACAUUUUAGUUGCCAGUAUGGAUAAUGGUCGCAAUCUCUCCAACAUACUGAAAGCCAUCACUUUCAAGGACCAUGCCGUCUUCACAGCCACCCCCAAUGGUCUGAAAGUUACUGUGGAGGACUGUAAAUGUUUGCAAGCCAAUGCAUUCAUCCAGGCAGAGAUCUUCCAAGAGUUCACCAUAAGGGAAGAUUUGGUUGCUUUUCAGAUUAACCUCGCUGUUCUGCUGGACUGUCUCAAUAUCUUUGGAGGAAGCCCCGUGGCAGGAGUAUCGACAGCCUUGCGGAUGUGCUACAGAGGAUAUGGUUACCCUCUGACCCUGUUCCUUGAGGAGGGUGGUGUUGUGACUGUCUGCAAGAUUAACACAGAGGAACCGGAAGAGUUAAUUGACUUUGAGUUCUGCAGCACUAACGUCACCAACAAGGUGAUUCUGCAGUCUGAGAGUCUGAAGGAAGCCUUUUCUGAACUGGACAUGACCAGCGAGGUGCUACAGAUCACCAUGACCCCCAGCCAGCCGUAUUUCAGAUUGUCUACAUUUGGGAACUCCGGAAAUGCCCAUUAUGAUUAUUCCAAAGACUCGGACAUGAUGGAGCUCUUCCGGUGCACCAAGACACAAACCAACAGGUACAAGAUGUCCCUGCUCAAACCCUCCACCAAGGCCUUGGCUUUGUCCAGUAAAGUCUCCGUGAGGACAGACAACAGGGGCUUCCUGUCCCUGCAGUACCUGGUCAGGAACGACGACGGACAGAUCUGCUUCGUGGAAUAUUACUGCUGUCCCGACGAAGAGGUGGAAGAGGAAUGACGGAACGAUCCGUUUGCC